AUGGGCAAGUUGGAAGAAAUGAAGGAACUGCACAUAGGAAGGACUGCUAUAGAGGAAAUUCCUCCUUGCAUAGGUUCUUUGAAGAAGCUGGAGGUGCUUAACGCCAGGGGUUGCGUAUCAUUGGUUGGACUUCCCGACUCAAUUAGCCAUCUGAUAAAUUUGUCAACCCUUGAUUUGAGUGAUUGCUCCAAGUUAUGUAGACUUCCAGAUAGUAUCGGAUCUCUAGUGAAAUUGCAACGCCUGUCAUGUAGAGUGGGACUUCAAAACGAUUCCCGAUUUGAUGAUGCCCUCCAUCAUAUCCCCAACUCAAUUGGGCAGUUGGAAUGGUUGACCAAAUUGGACUUGUCAUGGUCAGGUAUUUGCCAAUUACCUGAAUCCAUCGGGGAUUUGAAAAACUUGAAAAUUUUGGAUAUUUCUCAAAGUGGGAAAUUAAGUGGUUUACCUAGUACUAUUAGCAAGUUGGGCAACCUUGAAGAAUCAUAUGCCAUAAAUUGCGAGAGUCUAGGAGGCGAAAUCCCUAUAGAUGGGUUGUCCUCACUGAAGAUCCUUGUAUUAAAUUCGACAUCCAUUUCCGGCUUCACCAAUGCAUUCGAUAAGCUUUCUCGUCUUGAGAAACUUGAUUUAUACAACUGCAAGAUGCUUCUAUCGUUGCCACAAAGCAUCAGUAAACUGCCUUCUCUGCAACACCUUGAGUUAUGCAAUUGUUACAAUCUUCAGUCGAUGCCUGAGCUUCCUGCCUGUUUAACAGUUCUGAGAGUCACCUGCCAGCAUCACACAUUGCCUCAACUUUCUCAUCUAAUCCACCUAAAAGAGCUCACUGUUCUGGGUUGCCAUUUGCUAGAAUCCAUUCCAGAGCUUCCCUCAGGAUUAUUGGAGAUUAAUGUCCACGUUUGUGAUGAGUUGAAAGAGUUACCGAGUUUGUCAAGUUUGGAAUUCUUGUCAGUAUUACAACUCGAGUGGUGCAGUGAGCUGACAGAAAUCAAGGGUCUGGAAGGAUUAAAAUCCUUGACAAAACUAGUUGUAAUUUUAUGCUCGAAGAUGUCCAAACUUGACGGCCUUGAACAUCUAGAGUCUUUAAGAGCCUUGUGUAUGAGCCCAUUCCACGAGUCAGAUCUACUUCAAGUUCGAGUCCUUGACAAAUUGAAAAACUUGGAACUCCUGUCGGUAGAUGACUGUCAAUCCCUUGUAAGACCGGACCUUUCGCCAUUAACACAUCUAAAGCAAUUAUGGUUUGGCGAAUGUCGCAAUCUAGUCGAAAUUAAAGGCCUUGAGAGAUUGAAAAACUUGGAAAAGUUGGAUAUCGAGGGGUGCAGAUCUAUUGAAACAUUAUCAGACCUCUCGCGCUUUGAUAACCUGAAAGAUUUGAACAUUAAAGGGUGUUUGAAGCUUCGUGAUGUUCAGGGAUUGGAGAAAGUUGCAAAUGUGGAAAAAUGA